AUGGCGGUGCCAAAGAGUACGCCUCGUGAUGCGCAGGUAAUGGCAGCUAUUUUAAAGGAUAUGGGAGUACAAGACUAUGAACCUAGAUGCGUUAAUCAAAUGUUAGAGUUUGCUUACCGUUAUGUAACUGAUGUUCUUGAUGACUCUAAAGUUUAUUCAUCACAUGCCAACAAGAAAACUAUAGAUGGUGAUGAUGUACGCUUGGCCAUUCAGUGCCGUAUGGAUCAUUCAUUCACUACACCUCCUCCCAGGGAUCUUUUGAUGGAAAUAGUUCGUAAUAAAAAUUCUCAACCACUUCCGCUCAUCAAGCCAUACUCAGGCCCAAGGCUUCCACCUGACAGAUACUGUCUUACUGCCCCAAACUACAAACUGAAAAGUACAAAAAAACACAAGCUUCCUUUAAAUUUACCUGUCAAUCAGUAUUCCACUACAUCUAUUCCUUCCCAAAGGAUUAGUCUCACUCCUCUACAACAGAACAUUGCAGUAUCAGGGAAAAUUGGUUCUGGAAUUGGCCUAUCAGGUUCCAAUAAUCCAACAUUGACUGUUGUAACUAAAGGAGUCUCUUUACCAACUGUAACCAUUGUUAGCAAACCUGUAUCAACACCUAGCCCUGCCAUUACCCCUAAACCCACCAUCAGAACAACAAUUGGUCCCAAACCCUCCAGCACCAGUGUUUCAAGUGGCCCCAGCAUGCCACUUGGUCAAACAGUCACAGUGACAUCCAGCAGCAUUGUGCCUGGAAGUAUUGGAGUUACAACUCCAAGUAUCACCUCGUCCAGUAGUACCAGCACCAGUGUACCACAUCCUCCUCCACCACCUCCACCGCCACCACCACCACCGCCUCAGAACAUCAGCCUGAACCAGAUGAACACUACACAGAUUGUGACUUCAGCACCCUCAGUCCCUGGAACACAGACCAACAGUCUGAAGAGGAAGCUCUCAGAUGACGAUUAUGACCAACCUUGA